UCCGCGUCCUCGGGGGCGCGCCCACUGCUCGGGAGCCCCGCCUCCACUUUGGCCCGCGCCCCCGGUACGUCCCCCCGCCGGCCGCGCUCGGCUGUCUCCGCGCCUGGCGCUCGGCGGCGCUCGGCUGUCUCCGGCCGCUCGGCUAGGCGCUCGGGUCCGCGGCAGCUGCGGCGCCGGGCAUUUCUCCGCAGCUCGGUGGCGGCCGCGCCCGCCCGGCCCGCGCCCAUGCAGGCCAUCAAGUGCGUGGUGGUCGGCGACGGCGCCGUGGGAAAGACCUGCUUGCUCAUCAGCUACACGACCAACGCCUUCCCGGGGGAGUACAUCCCCACCGUUUUUGACAACUAUUCUGCCAACGUUAUGGUGGACGGGAAGCCGGUCAACCUGGGGCUGUGGGACACGGCGGGGCAGGAGGACUAUGACCGGCUGCGGCCACUCUCCUACCCCCAGACGGACGUCUUUCUCAUCUGCUUCUCACUGGUGAGCCCUGCUUCCUUUGAGAAUGUGAGAGCCAAGUGGUACCCAGAGGUACGGCAUCACUGCCCCCACACACCCAUCCUCCUGGUGGGCACGAAGCUGGACCUCCGGGAUGACAAGGACACCAUUGAGCGGCUCCGGGACAAGAAGCUGGCCCCCAUUACCUACCCCCAGGGCCUGGCUAUGGCCCGGGAGAUUGGCUCCGUCAAGUACCUGGAGUGCUCAGCCCUGACUCAGCGGGGCCUGAAGACUGUGUUUGACGAGGCCAUCCGAGCAGUGCUCUGCCCACCGCCUGUGAAGAAGCCAGGCAAGAAGUGCACAGUCUUCUAGAGGAAGGCGCCCCCUAUCUGCUGAGUCGCUGGUGUCCCCGAGCCUGCGGGGAGUGUUGUGGGUGGGAAGGGGAGGAGGGGUGGUGUGGCCAAGGGGCCCUGUUCACUGGGCCUGCACCUCUGGGGCUCAGACCAGCCUCCCCUGGUCCUGGGAGGGAGCAGGGUCUCCUGGGGAGGUUUGGCUGCAGGGGCAACAUGGGGUGGCCCCAGGCUGGGCUUCCGUUAUGGGGAGGGUGGGGGUUCUGGCCAAGCCACUGUUGGGCUUGGCCCCUUUUUGUUUUAUACAAUAAAUUGUCUCCACCUCA